UAUCCACAAACACUAUCCCGUCCAAUCACAUUUCUCCACCUUCUUCAGCUACCCUCUCUCUCUCACACGCACUCUCUCAAGUUUUUUGGGCCAAAAAUUCCGAUUCAGAUUGCUUUUCUUGCUUUCUUCUCUUUUCUUUGUUGUUUCCAAUACUUCAAGAAAAAGGAGGAAAACAGAAGACCCCCUUUAUCACUUUUUUUCUUGUCACGAAAAUCACAGUCUCGUCUCAGAAUUCAGAGUUUUCUCCACUGAUUUAUUCACUCCAGUUUCCAUCUUUCAGCUUUAUUAACUGUCUCUGUUUCUUGCACCUUUUUGCUUUUUCCUUGGUGGGAUAUCAAAAUAUUCAAGCUGGGGAAGAUAAAUAUCCAUUAACUCUUCUUUCUGAUUGAGGAUCUUGUAUCAUUUUAUUGGAAUUGUUUUUUUAGUUGUUGUCUUAGUUUGCCCCUUGGUUUUGUGGGUUCAGAUCUUAAUGAUGGUUUUGCUGGAUUUUGUAUUGACUGAAAUAGUUUUUACUUUUUAUUAAUUAUUGCCUUUUUUCUAGUUAUGAAAAUUUGUGAAAUUUUCUUUGAUUUUGUAAAAGGUGUGAUCUUUUUAAGAUUCCUCAAGCGAGAGGUGGCUGUAGAGGAAAAGCUAUUCUGAUUCCUCCACAAAAAUGCCUCAUGAUUUAACACUGAUAUAGCCAUUGUGAUGCUUCCACCUCUCUGCAUUUCCUUUCCCACAUCUCAUCUUACUCUGCACUUCUCUCCUCUGUUUCAUCAUAAUCAAAACUUGUUCAAAAUCUCCUGAUAUUUCAGCAUAUAUUCUAGUUACUGGAAUUUCAAAAGGUGGGGUAUGGAGAUUUUAUCACCAAGUUCUUACUUUUCUAAUUCAAAUUGGUUGCUUGAGGAGAGCGGGAGCACAAAAUGGACUCCAGCUGAAAACAAGGCCUUCGAGAAUGCUCUUGCUCUAUACGAUAAGGAUACGCCCGAUAGAUGGCAAAAAGUCGCAAAAAUGGUUCCAGGGAAAACUGAGUGGGAUGUGAUUAGGCAAUAUAAGGUAUUGGAAGAUGAUGUUAGUAAUAUAGAGGCAGGGCUAAUUCCAAUUCCUGGGUAUAGCAUGUCGUCGCCUUUUACACUUGAAUGGGGGAGUGGCCACGGAUUUGAUGGAUUCGAUCAUGCUUAUGUUUCCGAGGGAAAGAGAUCCUCUUCGAUUAGGCCUAAUGAACAUGAAAGGAAAAAGGGUGUUCCAUGGACAGAAGAGGAGCACAAGUUGUUUCUGAUGGGGCUUAAGAAGUACGGAAAAGGGGAUUGGAGAAAUAUCUCGCGCAAUUUUGUGAUUACUAGAACACCAACGCAAGUUGCUAGCCAUGCUCAAAAGUACUUCAUUAGGCAACUUUCCGGAGGAAAAGACAAGAGAAGAGCGAGCAUUCACGAUAUAACAACGGUUAACCUCAACGAGAAUCAAAACCCUUCACCGGAGAAUAAAAACCCGCCUUCACCGGAGCCGUCUGCUGUUCUUCCACGGCAGUCGAAUUCUGCUCCGGUGCAAAAGCAUACUUUCCACUGGAAUCGAUCACCCAAUGAUGCAGUUGGUGGCUUUCAACCUGGAGGAGGCCUUGGAAAUAUGUUUUCUCCUCCCUAUGCUGUGAAUUCUUAUGGAAAUAAAAUGCAGGGACAACUCAUCCAAAGAGGUGGGAUCCAUGAAUCAUUACUGGGAUCUCAGAACAUGGCGUUUCAGAUGCAGUCAGGGCAUUAUUUUCCUCAUGCAUGAUAUUGGAUUUAGACUAUGUUAGUUUGAAAUUCCCAGUUUGGAUUUAGUAGCAUAGAUUGCUUGUGCUCUUUGAUCUUCUUUUGUGAAUAUUUUGUUUCACGAGCACGAACUUUUCACCACUGUAAAUGCAAUGCAGAAUCCCCCAGCAUUCGAGGUAGAUUCAAGGUGUUGCCAGUAAGUUGAAGUUGCAAAUCUCACAUUGAAAUCGAACUUGUUACUGAAAGACUCGUACAAUUGUUAUUGCUCCAAA